UUUUUCGAAAUCAAAAUGGCGGGGAUUUCGAGCGGACGUAUUUUGAGUGUGAAAGAGGUGAUAGAAUUGGGGCCUAGUUUGCAGGGAAAUUCAGUCAGAACUUGGGGAAGAGUAAUAUCCCACGAUCUUAGUACCAGUCAUGUCCAAAUCAAAGAUGGUACACAGGAGCUGACAAUCAACACAGCACUAGUAGAACCAUUAGCUUUUGUGCGCGGAUCGCUGUACCAUUUCAUCGGUGAAGCAAACAGGGCUGGAAAUACUACAAUCAUCAAAGCACGGAUUGCAGGCUGCAUUGAUGGCAUGGAUAUGGAGUUGUUCCAGCAAGCUCUGAAAAUGAGGAGACAAUAUCUCGGAAAACAGAUGGCUUCAUGAUGUUAUGCAUAAUUAUUAUGUUGGCCAUGAUAUAGAGCAUGAUAGUAGAAUUCUACCACUGUUUAGAUUAUCACACAUUCAUCAUUUGAGCUAUUCAUCUUGCUGUAGAUUGGACCAUAUUGUACUGACUCAGACAGAUGGCUUCAUAAUACAAUGCAUGUUUGGUUGCUCAAAGAUUCUCUACAUGGAAUCUGAUACUAGCUGCUAUUCUCCCUAGCUGUGCACUUUCACCAUAUUAUAUGGAGCAAAACCAGCAAGAAAACAGUCCCAUCAGAUAAUUAAAUGGCCAGUCCUUAAAAAAGUUGAGAUUGUACUGGGAAGCUAGAGUGAUGUGUACUCUUUGAUAAACAAUUUCCAACUGUUGAAUUCCUUGUUCUCUGGUCUGCCAGUCAAUUAAAUGUCAGGCAAUCAAAAAGCGAAAAAUACAAUUCAGUAAAAAAAAAAAAAAUUGACAGAAGUUUGAAGGCCACUUACUAAAUAGAGGUUGUUGAGAAGAGGUCAAUGGAAUCGUUUUUCAUGGAUAAUGUUAAUGGGAUCAACUGUACAAUUGAAAAACAUCGAUCGAUUGAUUGUUUAUUGAUUAUUUAAUCUAUCAAUUAAAAAUUGUUGUGACAGUAGAUAGUACCCUGAUUAAACCAUUUAACCAGG